AUGACUAAUAAAUUUACGCACCACUUACGCGAAGAGGCUUUUAAUUUUGAAGAAAAGUACGGAGACAACGAUAACGAGAACAAGAACGAGAUUGACGAAGAAGAUAAUAAUUAUGCUGAAAUAGAUGUCGCCGAACACGAAUAUUAUUAUAUAACUAAUUUAAAUGACUAUUACCGUCAACAGAAACAGCAUUGCAGUACACAAACUGUUAGCAGUUUUUAUAUGGAGUCGGAACACAAGCAAUCAUCACCAACUAAUGUAAAUCAACAAAAUACAACUAAAAAAGUUACUCUUUUACGCAAUACAAAAAAAUUUAGACGUACGGAGUUAAUAGGACGUACCACCAUUUAUAGAUACAUUUUGAAAAAUGCACUUUCCGGUUGUAUUUAUGAAUUAGUGGCACUAUUGGGCAAUACUUCAGCAUCAAUACACAUUCCAAAGGCCAAAGCCACAGCAAUUGCAGAUACGCCCGAACUGAAGAGGAUAGCGGAAAAUACAAAAAUACAGUCAAAUGUGAAAUACCACGCAGAUUUUGAGAAGGCUAAAGGCAAAUUUACACAGGUCGCCGAUGAUCCCGAAACAUUGCGAAUUAAACAAAAUACGAAAAUCAUCUCGAAUGUGGCCUAUCAUGGUGACUUGGAGAAAAAGGCCGCUAUGGAGAAACAACGUGAGACCGCCGAAAUUGCAGAUAACCGUGAAGAAUCAGAAUAUUUUUCUGAAACACUUGCGGCUGAACAAUUCUCACAAUAUGCUCCAAUAGUAGCUACAACAACAACAUCAAUGAUCACAACAGAACCACAGUUGUCGCCGCCGUUGCCACCACCACAACAACAACCAAUGCACUUACAACAUCAUCACAUGCAGCAACAGCAGCAACAACAACAACAACACCAUCAACAAUAUAUGCAUCAACAACAAACAUUACCACCACCACCAAUACAACACCAACAAUAUAAUACGGCAGCAAUCACACAAAGUAGUCAAGCAGCAGCAGCAGCAGCAACAACACAAAUAUAUAAUCAACAAAAUCAUCGGCAGCAACAACCCAUACAACAGCAACAACAAACACGACAAUUACAACACCAACAAUAUCAACAACAGCAACAACAACAACAAUACCAACACUACCAACAACCACAAGCGCUGCGUCAGCAACAACCACAAACACAACCUAUUAAGCAAACUUCUCAUUUAUAUCCUACUGCAGAUUAUCACCAACAGCAGCAACAACAACAACAACACCAACUGCUACAGCAGCAACAGCAGGUGCCACAAUCUCAAUAUCAACAACCCAAUAACAGUUAUAAUCAGCUACGUUCAAGCAUCUUGCAGAAUUCGCAUCAUCCAACCGGCGCACUUCAAGCUGUGAAUGAUGUUAAUACGCCCACCUAUGCCUAUGAUCAAUAUGACAACAACUACAUACGUGCCAGCAACAACAGCAGUAAUAGUGCAGUGAAUCCAGCUACCGUAUAUAAUAACAACAAUGGCGGCUUAAACUAUACUACACCACAAACACAAUUGAAUGCAACAUUAGCGCAUCACAGCAAUGGAGUUAUAAGCAACGGCACAACUAGCAGUAACGGCGUAACCGUUGUUAGCGGCAAUCCGAGCAACUCAAAUAUCGGCAAAAUUGCCGAUUAUGAUCCUUUGACCGAUGGUCCACGUCAAAUACCAAACACCGGUAGACAAAGUACCACACUUAUCUAUAGCUCAGAUAGCCGCGGUUCUGGUUCCAAUUCUGCUUACCCAAAACGUAUUGGCUCGGUAGCUGACAUUGAUCCUGCUAAUGGCAUUUAUGGGUCUCUAACUGCUGAUAACAAUAUUACAGCAAAUCAUCACCAGCAAAUGCAUCAUCAAAACCAACAACAAAAUCAUCAGCAGAAGCAACAGCAAUACUAUCAGCAGAUAAAUAAGAUGACCCAACAACCAACACCAAUGCCGCCACAGCAACAACAAAUGCAACAGGCUCCUCCACAACAACAAAAGUCAUUAAAAACCAGUUUGCGUGUCUAUCGGGCUCUGUAUGACUAUGAGGCACAAGAUACUGAUGAAGUCAGUUUUCGUGAAGGAGACGUUAUUUUCGAAGUUGAUUCCAUUGAUUCCGGCUGGAUGACCGGCAGAGUGGAACGUACUGGCAAAAUUGGGAUGUUGCCCGCUAAUUAUGUGGAGCAGGCGGUUAUUUAAUAGGGAUUCUUUUAUUACUGUUGUUGUCACCAUGUUGUUUCGAUAACAAUAAUGCUGGUACAAUGAAUAAUUAUAAUACUUACCGAAAUCCCCCAAAUUCUCCACCCCCAUCCUAUCCAAAAGAAGAACAAAAACCCAAUAAGCAAAACAAACAAUCACAAGUUGAACAGGA